GUUAGAAUGAUCUAAAAUGACACCCGGGUUUACCAGUAAAACGCGUCAUACAUGUGUAAUAUGUACAUGUAAUGUAUGACGAAGCAAAAUAUUGAAUAUGUAAACAACGUAGGCUUCCUAUACUAAGUGAUCUGAUUAUAUUUAAACUAGAACGGUGUAUUUUUAGUCCACUGUGUUUUUUUCGGUCACGGGUUUUAAAUGCCAUUCAAGAAAAUUAUUUCAAAAUGGUAGGAAGGAAAGAAGUUUUAAGCUUACUUGUUUCAACUGUUUCAACUACAGUAGAGUGUGCCAGAAGUUCAACAUGUAUGGCUUUAGAUGGAUCAUACUGGAAUAGUUGUUAUUAUGGUUGCUGUGGUAACUCAACAUUUAAUGGAUAUGGUACUGUACCCUGCUGCCAAAAUGAAGACCCUCCUCAGUAUUCCUACUUGUUGCUAGCCAUUGGAUUACUGAUACCUUGUGCAAUAUGUUUAAUGGUUUUGAGAAGAACAGGAGAGAGAUGUCGACGUCCGAUACCAGUAAAUAGUCGAUCCCGAGGCGAAGAGAAUCUACGAGGCAGCAUGCCGGGAUAUGGAGGUCGAAGAUUAAUGGUGACGACCAUAGCUGAUCUGUUAAUGUCUUCUCGAGACCAACAUCGUGAUAGAUGUGAUUCAACUGCCGAGAUCAUCACACCACCAGCUUACGAAGAUGUAGUUAAAGAAUCAAAUGAUGAAAAUUUACCGCCAGCCUAUUCUGAAGUACUUAAAAUGGACUCUGAAUGUCCAAAUCCAUUAUACGUGUUGUCUCAAAGUCAUCCUUACUAUCAUUCCAAUCAUCAAACUACAGAUGGAACAGUUAUACAAGGACCAUCUUCAUCCAUACACAGUCCGGACAAUAGUGAAAAUCAUAUUAGUAUAUCAGUAGAACAUAUAUCGCCAGACACUGGUGAAAAUACGAUAUCGGAAAGCUCGUUCGAUAAUCGUGGUUUUACACCAGAAACGUCUGGCCAAGCAGAUCGAUGCACGACCAGUCAAAGCAGUGAAACAACAACAGACAAUCAAAACUCAACAUGACCAAUCAAAACCUUUUAAAUUACUUAUUAUAUAUACAUUGAGCUGUUCAAGUGUGGUACAUUUGCUGUAUACCCAUUUGUUUCAGAAUGGAAUAUUAUACAAAAACACACAUAUAUAUGUGAUUUUCGUGCGUGAAAAACAUGUUUCUGUUAUGGCCGAAAUGUACUGUAUCGCCGGUACGCUCUUGGACUUAAGUUUAGAAAGCCAAAAGAUUUGAGAGUAUGAAAAUCAAAAAGAGUAGUCAAAUGUUAGCCUUAGAGAAUUGUUACUUUAUAGUCUCAUCACAAUGCCUUAAUUCUAUGAACUGAAAAUGUAGACAUGUAUAAUGUACAAUGAUGUAUAAAUAUGUAUUCAACUGUGUCCUUUAGUCAGUUUUAAGGGUAUAUUCGUUCUCGGACCUCUUAAGUUUCCCUAGCCCGUUGCAGUUAUUCAUCUUUUAUUAUUUCCAAGUCAUACAUUUGACUUGCCCCAAAAUGAAAAGAAAAAGAAAUUUUCAUUAAGAAAGACGAAAUAAUUAAUAUUUUUUAUUUAAGUUUAUUGUAUAUAUACGGCUUUCACUUUUUUCCCCAAUUGUUUUAUUACCUCUUUUUAUGUAUACUGUAUGUAUUUAUUGUUAUAAAAUAUUUAUUGUUUAUA